CCAAAUGGGGAGUUGGAGAACCUGAAACUGCUCGAUCAUCAACUGAUUAGAGACACAACUCCCGUUCAUGAUCUCUCCUACUUUUUGUACUCUGGAGGGUCCAAAGCGGACUUUGACAAACUGGAUGAGUAUCUGGAGCUCUACUAUCGGAGUUUUUCCAGUUUCGCCACGGAGCUGGGAUUUGAUCCGAAGGAACUGUUUCCCUUCGAGGCGUUGAAGCGCGACUGGAAGCGGUUCGCUCUUAUGGGCGUUUUUAUGGGGAUUAUGCUGUGGGAGGUCAAGUUCAUGUCCAAGAAGGAGAUACAGAAAUUGGGCGUUGGUACCACUGAUGAGCAGGAAAUGCAGAAAAGCUACACCGAGUAUGCCAAAGUGGUUCGCCAGCAUCCGGAGUUUCUCAAGAAUAUUAGCAAUAUCAUCAUCCAUGCAGCUGAAUAUGGAGUAAUUUAAGGCGAUUUGUCCAGAGCGCAAUUUUAAUUGCAUUAUGAAAUGUUGUGUUAGUAAUUGUAAGCGAUUGAUUAGCCGUUGCGCAAUACCUAUCGUCACCUAAAAAACUGUCUACUUGCGUAUUAGUUAAUGCUUAUCUAAUCUGUCCAACCUUCUCUAAAUAUAUCACGCCAAACCUUUUGCCCAA